CUUUAAUGAAAAUAAAGAGCUAGAUAAGGACACAUUUGUACAUAGAUACUGUCACUUAACCUUGGAAGAGUUAUUCAACAAGACUGAUUUCGCGCUGGGUGAACGGCGAGUCUAUAAGUUCAAAGGAAAGAAGGAUCUUAGACGAAAGCAAUUACAGAUGAAAGCUCGAUUUUCAGUCAAAUUAUCAGAAUUCAUGAAGGGUUCAUUAGAUCUAAUAAUUAACUGA